AUGUCUGACGAAAGCAUAUGGCGUAGCAUAUGCGGAAAGAAUUACUGUUCGUUCAAGAUGAGUACGGAAGAUAAACUGCUGUGUAGAAAUCCAAACAAUGUUACUGGGAUAUGCGAGAGGUUUUCGUGUCCACUGGCGAACUCUAAGUAUGCAACUGUAAGGGCGAUUGGAGAAGAACUGUAUCUUUUUGUGAAGGAGCCUGAGCGUUUGCAUGUGCCCAAAGACAUGUAUGAGCAGAUAAAGCUGUCUAUGAACUAUGAAGAGGCGCUCAAGGAGAUAGAUACGAAUCUUGAGUUUUGGGAUGAUAAGAUGAUCCAUAAGUGCAAGCAGAAGCUCUCGAAGUUUACGCAGUAUCUGAGAAGGCUUGAGUACUUCAAGGAACAUGGGAAGGCUGAAUAUAUGGUACGCAAGAAAAAGAUGAACAGAAGGGAGAAGCUGCGUGCACUCCGAUCGCUUAAUAAGGUUAAUUUUGAAAAGAACAUUGGGGAUGAGCUGAUGAUGAGGUUAGAGAGUGGGAUAUAUGGAACGGAGUUGAAGGACAGAUUCCACAUAGCCAACAAGGAGGUUACUGCAAAAGAGAAGAAAAUGAAGAGGAAGAAAAGAUAUGUUGCAGAGUUUGAAGAGAGUGCCCAUGUGUCUGAUGAUGAGGGAGAUAAGAAGACAAAGAAGAAGGUUGCCAUGAUGUGGUAG